GUCCUUCCGGAAAGUGCCGAAAACGUAGCCGGCGCCUGGCGGAUUCCCCGCCGGCCGGCACAGCGCGCCUGCGCACAGGAGUGUAGCUGCCGGUUGGUGGCCGGUGCUCCGCAGUGGGGGAGAGACGGGUGAGAAGCCGGGUCUUAGUAACCUAGACGUUCGCCGCUGCAGUCACAGGUCGGAGGGGAACGGAAAGUACCGAGUGCAGCCAUGUCCGUGGUUGGCAUUGACCUCGGUUUCCUCAACUGCUACAUCGGAGUGGCGCGGAGCGGCGGUAUCGAGACUAUCGCCAAUGAGUACAGCGACCGCUGCACCCCAGCAUGUAUAUCCUUAGGAUCCAAGACCCGGGCCAUCGGGAAUGCAGCAAAGAGCCAGAUUGUCACAAAUGUAAAAAAUACAUUACAUGGCUUCAAAAAACUGCAUGGAAGAGCAUUUGAAGAUCCUUACAUACAAGCUGAAAGGGCCAAACUUCCCUAUGAACUUCAGAAGAUGCCGAAUGGCUCCGUAGGAGUAAAGGUGCGAUACCUAGAUGAAGAGAGACAGUUUGCCAUUGAACAGAUCACAGGAAUGUUGCUGGCCAAGCUUAAAGAGACUUCAGAAAGUGCUUUGAAGAAACCAGUGGCAGACUGUGUGAUUUCAGUACCCAGUUUCUUUACUGAUGCUGAGAGAAGGUCUGUGAUGGCAGCUGCACAGAUUGCAGGAUUAAAUUGUCUGAAGCUGAUGAAUGAAACUACAGCAGUUGCACUGGCCUAUGGAAUAUAUAAGCAAGAUCUGCCAGCCUUGGAGGAGAAGCCAAGAAAUGUGGUCUUUGUGGAUAUGGGGCAUUCUGCUUAUCAGGUUUCAAUCUGUGCUUUUAACAAGGGAAAAUUGAAGGUCUUGGCUACUACCUUUGACCCGUUUGUAGGUGGUAGGAAUUUUGAUGAGGCUUUGGUAGACUACUUCUCUGAAGAAUUCAGGACAAAAUACAAACUGAAUGUAAAAGAGAAUCCUCGAGCCCUGUUACGAUUGUAUCAGGAAUGUGAAAAGCUGAAGAAGCUUAUGAGUGCAAAUGCUUCUGACCUUCCACUCAAUAUUGAGUGCUUCAUGAAUGACCUUGAUGUCUCCAGUAAGAUGAACAGAGCUCAGUUUGAGCAGUUGUGUGCUGCCCUUCUGUCCAGAGUGGAACCUCCUCUGAGAGCAGCCAUGGAUCAAGCUAAACUUCAGCGUGAAGAUAUCUACAGUAUAGAAAUAGUAGGUGGGGCUACUAGAAUUCCAGCAGUGAAGGAACAGAUCUCUAACUUUUUCUGUAAAGAGAUAAGCACCACGCUAAAUGCUGAUGAAGCUGUUGCAAGAGGCUGUGCCUUGCAGUGUGCAAUUCUUUCCCCAGCUUUUAAGGUCCGUGAAUUUUCCAUCACAGACGUUGUUCCUUAUUCUAUAACAUUGAGAUGGAAAUCAUCCUAUGAAGAAGGAACAGGGGAGUGUGAAGUCUUCAGUAAGAACCAUGCUGCUCCGUUCUCAAAAGUAAUUACUUUUCACAAGAAAGAGCCUUUUGACCUGGAAGCUUACUAUACACAUCCACAUGAAGUGCCUUAUCCUGACUCCAGAAUAGGGCGUUUCACUAUUCAGAAUGUUGGUCCCCAACACGAUGGUGACAAUUCCAAAGUGAAGGUCAAAGUGCGCGUCAACAUUCACGGCCUUUUCAGCGUGGCCAAUGCUUCUAUCAUCGAGAGGCAGAACGUCGAGGGAGAUCACAAUGAUACACCUAUGGACACUGAAUCAUCAAGUAAGAACCAAGGCAGAGAUGAAGAGCUGGAUAAAAUGCAGGUUGAUCAAGAUGAAGGUAUUCAGAAAAACCAAGCUGAACAGCAGAACCAAGCAGAUGAGGAAACUGAAAAUGCAGGAACUGAAAUAAAAGCUGCUUCAGGGGACAAGCAAGAUCAUCCAGCCCAGCCAAAGGCUAAAGCAAAAGUGAAGAGUAUUGACCUACCUAUACAGGCAACCCUUUAUAGACAACUGGGACAAGAUCUCAUUAAUUGCUAUAUAGAAAAUGAGGGGAAGAUGAUGAUGCAAGACAAGCUUGAGAAAGAAAGAAAUGAUGCUAAAAAUGCUGUUGAAGAGUAUGUGUAUGAUUUCAGAGACAAGCUGUGUGGAGUCUUUGAGAAAUUCAUCACUGAAGAAGAUUCAAAUAAGCUGACUUUGAUGCUGGAGGAUACAGAAAACUGGCUUUAUGAAGAUGGAGAGGACCAGCCAAAACAAGUGUACAUGGAUAAGCUUCAGGAAUUAAGAAAAUUUGGACAGCCUAUUCAGGAAAGAUACAUGGAACAUGAAGAGAGACCAAAAGUUUUAAAUGAACUGGGAAAGAAGAUUCAGCUCCUUAUGAAAGCAGUAGAAGCAUACAAAAACAAGGAUGAAAAGUAUGAUCACCUUGAUCCUGCUGAGAUGGAAAAAGUUGAAAAAUAUGUCAAUGAGGCUAUGAAUUGGUUGAACAGCAAAAUGAAUGCUCAGAACAAACUAAGUCUAACUCAGGAUCCAGUUGUCAAAGUGGCAGAAAUCAUGUCAAAAUCUAAGGAAUUGGAUAGCUUCUGUAAUCCCAUCAUAUACAAGCCCAAACCGAAGAUAGAACCUCCCAACGAUGGGCAGUCAAAAGCCAAUGGUGAACACAAUGGACCAGUGAACGGACAGAGCAGUGCUGAAACAAAACCUGAACCAGCGAAGGACAAUUCUCAGCAGACCAAACCCCCUGGAGAAAUGGAAGUGGACUAAACCUUGCAUUUAUUUUACUUAAUCAAAAUAGUGCAAGUAACCACAGGGUCCAUUCUUUUUGUCUGGUACACACCUCAGAUGUUCAGUUACUCUUAGCCAACUUCUGUCAUUUGUUGCUGAGUAGUUUUGGAAGUGUUUUAUAUUAAGUACACCUCUGAUGUUUAUUUCCACUGAUGCUGCUUAUGUGGAGCUUUAGCCAAAUGUAGAUUGUAUAAGUCAGUUUAAGCUUUCCCAAUAUAUUUUAUAUCAAACAUACAGAAUUGAUAUAUAAAUGGCAACAAUCUACCUUAUUUAAAGCUUUUCUUGUGGAUAAACCUCAGCUCCUUUAUUCAGGAAAGGAUACUGUAUUGCACUACUGAUGCUCAAGUGUAGAUCUAAUUGCAUCUUUAUUUUGGAAAAAUAUUGGAAUUGAAGUGGCAAAACUUGUCACUCGAAGCACUGACCUUUUCUAGUUAUUGUAUUGUUAUAAUUUAAAUAUUAAAAUAGAGGUUAGUUGGCAUACGUAGUCCAUCUUGUUGAUGUACCAUGAGAAUUGUAUGGUCUUUUCCAUAUAAAGUGAAUAAUACAAGCUUAAACAUGGUUUAGUUUCCCAUACCACUAAUAUGUUAGCUACAGAAUACUGGCAUAAUGGCUCUGCCUUGUGCUGAAAUCAUCCAAGGUCUCAGCACACAUUGCUGUACAUAAGGUACUCUGCUUAUGGUAGGAUGAUGCUAGUGGCAAUGGUAGGAAGUAUCCAAGGACUGUUGCAUAGCUUUGCCUUGAAAAUGUCUUACUGCACGUGUUACUAUGCCUGCUGCUUUUGUUUUGAAGGAAAUCUGUAUCUUGAUCACACCUUGAGCUGGGGAGGAGAAACAACAGAAACUGUGCUGCACGACCUGGAUAUUAGCACCCUGGGUUUGAGGUUGCGUCUGUGCUGUUAGUUGCAAACUUGAAAAUGCUGAGAGCUUAUUUAGGCCUUAAUACUCAGCACAUAAAUACUUUUGUCAUGGAUAGAAGCAAAAUACUUACAAACUGGAUAUUAUUACCCAAAGAUGGAAUCUACUUGAGAAACUUGCAUAGCUUACCGGUUACCUUUGGUCAUUAACUUCAUCAAAUGAAAAUGUCUGUAACAUACUACACAGCUGAGUCACUAUUUUUCUUUGAUACAUCUUGCAUAUUGUUGAGGUUCAGUGUCUGUGCGUACAUUCUGAAUGGUCCUGUCAGUCACUGAGGUGCUGAAGCACUUGCUCAAGCAAGUCACUUUGCUGCUGACUUGAAACAGCUCUUCCAUUACCAGCGCAGGACUGGGCUACUCUUGGCUGUGCAAAGUGUUUUCUAGGGGCAGCAUCAUUUGCAGCUGUAUAUAAACUGGCUCAAGUAGCCCAAGUGUUAGAAUUUCAUCUUCAUGACUGAUAGCAAGUGGCCAAGCUGCACAUACUUUACUAUUCCUACUCUACACAGUCAAUUGGGGAUGACUUAGCACCUUGAGUUGACAUAUUUGAAGUCCUUGAACAAAAACUGAGUGACCUUGAAUAAAACUGCAGCUACUCGCAACCUCAGUCUUGAAUUCUGCCACUGUAACCACUGGUGCUGGGCGGUGACUGCCUUUCAGUGUCCGUUAUCCUAGGUUUAAGUCAUACACGACUGAGCCAGCUUCAGUCCCAUAGGCUUUAACAACAUGAAUGCGUUGCUGGCCUCACUUCAGCAGUGUAAUGAAUGGCAUUCAUAAUUAUUGGCUUCUUAAAACCCAUCUGUACAGUAAUUUGUGUGGCAGACUUCCUGAUACUUGGCAGAAGAGCUCAACCAAUGGAAAUCUCCAGUAGCUAAAGGGUCAUGUGUAAGCCUUCUGCUGAUGGUCAUCAGAUGCUUAAUGCUAAAUUACAAAUGUUUGAGGCAGUUCUUGUGCAUAAAGGCUGGAAUAAUUCUACAGCAAGAUCAAAAGCAGAUGGGGUUAACACAAGUGACUAGAGUAGGGCUUUCUUAUUAGAAUAGGGGUUGUUGUUUUGUUGGGGUUUUUUCUGGGCAUCUGCUCCGUCUCAUAUCCCUGGUGAAGAGGAAUGAUAGUUGCAGACUGCCCAUAGCAACUGGCUGCUGAUAUGUUAAGAAUUCCAUUUGGAAAGGCCAAAUGGGCCUUCAAAGUUCUCGAGUACUUGCAAAAGCUAUGCACAACUUGAAGGGGAUGUUUUGUGUGUUGGACUCAAAAAGUGUUACCCUGUGGCUACCCUGACAGCACCAGACUGAGCAUCUUGCCACAUAAGUUUUGUUAGGGAACCAACAGUAGUACACUAUUCUGUGGGUUGUAUUUUAGAAGUGGGUAUUUGUUGUGAGUGUUUUACUUGAAACUUUUGUUGAGAGCAAGAUACAUUUCCAACAUUUGAAGAUACUCCUUCUAGCCCAUAAAAGGAAAAAGUGGGAAGCAACACUACCUUGCAGAGGCAGUGGAGUUUAGUUUAAGUAUUUCUGGUUGGUCAGGUUUUUCAGUCAGUCUACAACAUAAUGUACAAGUUUAGCUACCAAACAGCAUCUGUACUUCAGUUUUCUUUUACCAGUAGCAUCUUUCUUCAUUUCUUUAAGG